AUGGCAGACGAAGGCCUCAGCAUUUACGAUGAGAUCGAGAUCGAAGAUAUGACCUUCGACCCGGCGACGCAGCUUUAUACUUUCCCAUGUCCAUGCGGCGAUCGGUUCGAGAUUUGCAUUGAUGAUUUGCGCGAUGGCGAGGAGAUCGCCGUGUGUCCUUCUUGCAGCUUGAUGAUUCGGGUUAUCUUUGACUUGGCCGAUCUUCCCAAGGCAGAUGAGCAGAACACAGAGGCUGUUGCUGUGCAGGCGUGA